GGCUUUCUUUUACUCUCUCUAUCAAAACACCUGAGAAAAAAGCAGGAAAAAAGAAGAUAUGAUGAAGAGAGAUUAGAGCCUUUUUUGUAGGGAAAAGGUUUGUUUGAUGUGGUUCCACAAACUAAUUGCAGCCCCUAUGUAUAAGAACUGAAAGGUUGAUAUGCUUAGAAGAAAGGUCUCUCCUGCCUAAUUUGGAUUCACCCAAGUUUUUUUUUGGGAUGAUAGUUUACUCAUGAUCUGUCCCUUUGCUUCCUUCUGAAAGAGGAAAAUAAAUCCUGAGGUAAAGCUGAAAAGUCUAUUCUCUAGGAUUCAUUUGCAGAAUUCUCCCAAACUGUAGUCUCUUUGUGUCACACUUUCACCACUACUUGGAACGUUUCCCGCUGGCAAAGGUACCCACUACUAGUCUGGUCUCUUUCUCUCUUUCUGCUCUCUUCUGAUUUCUGAUUCCCAUAUUUUCUUUUCUUUUUGUUCUUAUCUCAAUUUUGGACCCUCUCUAUCUCUCUCCAUGAUGCAAUUCACUGAAACCCCACCACAACUUCUGCAUCAAAUCACUUCUUUUUCAAACCUCACCAUGAACAAGAACCAAAUUCACAGGACUCGUCCAUGGCCCGGUUUCCCUUCAUCAAUGUCCUUGGGAAAUUUCGGUGAUGCCAACUGCAUGGAACAGCUUUUAGUUCACUGUGCAAAUGCAAUCGAAAGCAGCGACGCCACUCUUGCCCAGCAAAUCUUAUGGGUGCUAAACAACAUUGCACCACCAGACGGUGACUCCAAUCAGCGCCUAACAUGUGCCUUCCUUCGUGCUCUCAUUACUCGAGCAGCAAAAAGUGGUACUUGCAAAAUGCUUGCUGCGAUGGAAAAUAAUAAUGCUCACUACAACCCUUCCAUUGACAGCCACAAAUUCUCCGUCAUAGAGCUCGCUAGCUUUGUGGACUUAACUCCAUGGCAUCGCUUCGGCUUCACUGCAGCAAAUGCAGCAAUAUUAGAAGCUGUUGAUGGGUACUCAGUUAUUCAUAUUGUUGAUUUAAGCUUAACUCACUGUAUGCAAAUCCCUACUCUUAUUGAUGCUAUUGCUAGUCGUUUCGAGGUUCUACCCCGUCUAAAGCUCACAGUAGUCGGUUCCACAGAAGAAGUACCACCAAAACUUGAUCUUUCAUACAAUGAGUUGGGUUUAAAGUUAAUCAACUUCGCUGGGUCCAGAAAUAUAAUAAUGGAGUUUAAAGAAAUUCAUUCAAGUUAUGCUGAUGGGUUUUCUUCUUUAAUCGAACACAUCCGGAUGCAACAUUUUGUGGGUGAGGCUUUGGUUGUGAACUGUCAUAUGAUGCUUCACUAUAUACCAGAUGAAACCCUUUCACCAAUUCCAAACACAACUUCGAAUCCAUACUUUGUUGAGUCUUCCUCCACUCCAUCACUUAGAAUGAUGUUUCUCAAAGCUUUGAGAAGUUUAAACCCAACCAUUGUUGUACUAGUUGAUGAAGAUGCAGAUUUUACAUCAAACAAUUUGGUAUGUAGAUUAAGAUCUGCUUUCAACUAUUUAUGGAUAUCUUAUGACACAGUUGACACAUUUCUUCCACGGGGAAGCAAGCAAAGGCAGUGGUAUGAAGCCGAUAUUUGUUGGAAAAUAGAGAAUGUGGUCGCACAUGAGGGUCUACAGAGGGUUGAGAGGCUUGAACUCAAGAGCCAUUGGGUACAAAGAAUGAGAAACGCUGGAUUUCGGGGCAUUAGUUUCGGAGAAGAAGCGGUUUCAGAAGUGAAAACCAUGCUUGAUGAACAUGCAGCUGGUUGGGGAUUGAAGAAGGAAGAAGAUGAUCUUGUACUUACAUGGAAAGGUCACAAUGCCGUUUUUGCUACUGCUUGGGUGCCUGCUUGAUCUAGUUUUUGUUAACAUUCUAAUAAUUAAUGCUUAAUAUUUCUUCUUAGUCUCUAA